AUGGAGCGCACAAAGCACCCGGCCGUCUUGAUCCACGGUCUCUUUGGCUGGGGCAAACAGACCCCGUUCUACAACUGGGGCCCCAACUACUGGCCGAUCAAGGACCUCGACGCGGUCAACCCCAACUACGUCUUGGUCGAAGUCGGCGUCGCCUCGUCCGACCACGACCGCGCGUGCGAAGUCUUCUACCAGCUCAUGGGCGGCCGCGUCGACUAUGGCAAAGCCCACGCGGCCGAGAAGAAGCAUGCGCGGUACGGCAAGACGUACGCGACGGCGCUGCAUCCCACGUGGAGCGCCGCCAACCCCGUGCACCUCUUUGGCCACAGCUACGGUGCGACGACAGCGCUGGAGCUCUACCAGCUGAUCUGCGCCGACUUUUUCAAGGUCGGCAGCGACUACACGUGGGUCAAAAGCAUCGUGUCGAUCGCGGGUCCGCUGAGCGGCGCGACCAUGAGCCACAUGUGCGGGCUCCAGGACGACCUCACGAUCGAGGCUGGGAGCAUCAACCACCUCAUCUCGAUCGCCGUCUCGACGCUCUGGAAGUUCCAGCAAGUGUUUCCGUUCCUUGAGAAUGUCUACCCGAUCCGCAUGCCGCAGUGGCUCGCCUACUGUCGCUGGUCGACGAUCUUCUCGGUCAACAACAUGCCGCUCAAGACGGGCGACAGCGCCUUUGACUGCCUCCUUCCGGCCUACCGCUUUGCCCGCAACAGCCAGCUCGUCCACAUGGACAAGGUGCACCUGAUGAGCAUUGUGUCCAAGGAUGACGAGACGACAUCGCUGCACAUCAUUGACGUGGCGGGGCUGCUCCUGAUUGCGCUCUUGUGGCGCCGGCGCGAGAAGCACAAGUGGCUCUUGGGGCUCGUUGCCGUCGUGAUGCUCCAGCGCUUGCGCUCUGUGGACAUUGCCAAGCUGCCGUUUUUCCUGACGCACAUUCUGCGGUGGCACGCGACGACAACGUCCAAGCCCAUCUACGAAGGCUUUGAGAAGGACAAGUGGGCGGCCAACGACGGCGUCGUCAACACGUACUCGAUGUUGUGCCCGCGCUACUGCGAGACGUAUCCUGCGCAAAGCAGCGUGCCCAAGCAGGACCUCGCGCGCAUCCCGUCGCACGUCUCGAUCGACAUGAGCGACCCCGUGCAAGUGCUUCCAACGGGCAUGUGGCACGUCUACCGCGUGGCGAAGAACCACUUUUGCGGCACGGCCGGCGACCGCGACGCCAAAGAGCUCUACACCAAGCUCUUUCGACUCCUCAACAUGGCCAAGUAA